CACAACCGCCCCACAAAAGGAAAAAUAUCCACAAUCCCACACUCUGAUCCCCGCUCAAACCCUAGCUCCCAAUCCGCGCAAUUCCUCCCCUGGCUCCGGUUCCUCCGUCGCUGGAUGUCCCCAGACUAGGCGGCGUCUCCGUAGCGUGACUGCGCGGGUGCCGAUGGAGCCGCGCGUGGGUAACAAGUACCGCCUGGGCCGCAAGCUUGGCAGCGGCUCCUUCGGGGAGAUCUACCUCGGUACUAACGUGCAGACCAACGAGGAGGUCGCGAUUAAGCUUGAAAAUGUGAAGACAAAGCAUCCCCAGUUGUUAUACGAGUCAAAGUUAUACAGGAUACUACAGGGCGGAACUGGGAUUUCAAAUGUCAAGUGGUUUGGUGUCGAGGGUGACUACAAUGUUCUUGUUAUGGACGUCUUGGGGCCAAGCCUUGAAGACCUUUUUAGCUUUUGCAACAGGAAACUGUCGCUCAAAACUGUUGUGAUGCUUGCUGAUCAAAUGAUCAACCGAGUUGAAUUUAUACAUUCAAAGUCCUUCUUGCAUCGAGAUAUUAAGCCAGACAAUUUUCUCAUGGGCCUCGGAAAGAGAGCAAACCAGGUAUAUAUGAUUGAUUUCGGACUGGCAAAGAAAUAUAGAGACACUUCAACACACCAGCACAUUCCAUACAGAGAGAACAAAAAUUUGACUGGGACAGCUCGAUAUGCAAGUGUUAACACCCAUCUCGGAAUUGAACAAAGCAGAAGGGAUGACAUGGAAUCUCUUGGAUAUGUACUCAUGUACUUCUUGAGAGGAAGUCUCCCAUGGCAGGGCUUAAAAGCUGGGAAUAAGAAACAGAAGUAUGAGAAAAUUAGCGAACGGAAGAUCGCCACUUCAAUUGAGGUUCUUUGUCGUGGAUACCCUUCUGAGUUUCAGUCUUACUUCCAUUACUGCCGCUCACUGCGUUUUGAGGAUAGUCCAGACUAUCAAUAUCUGAAGAGAUUGUUCAGAGACCUUUUUAUUCGAGAGGGAUUCCAGUUUGAUUAUGUUUAUGACUGGACCAUUCUUAAAUACCAACAGUCACAGAUGACCAGUGUUCCACCACGAGCUAUUGCCGCUGCAGCAGGACAAAGCUCUGGGAUGGCUCCAAUUACAAGUAACAGUAGACUGUUAGCCACUGAAGAGGGAAGGAGAAGUGGGUGGACAGAUGAUCCUACACGACGUCAGGUUCCACCUACAGGAAUAAAUGCAGGCAGCUUAUCAAAACAGAAGUCACCAGUUAGACCAGAUCUGUCCACAUCGAAAGAUGCUGCGUUCUCCAGUUCGACUUUUUUGGGUCGGUCAGGCGGAUCCUCAAGGCGACCUGCUGUUUCUAGUAGCCGAGAACUGCCAAGCAGUGAAGCUGAACCAUCACGCAGUCGUACACCAGAUGCGAGUCCAGGCACAUUUCAGAGAAACGCAGCUCCACGGAGGAGCUCACUAACGCUUGAAUACUCUGACCCCCGGCAUUCAUCAUCUGCCCGCCAUGCAUCUAACAGCAAGAACUAUGAGUCCACUAUAAGGGGCAUCCAAGGCCUGAAUUUCGAUGCCAACGAUAGGAUCCACUACUAGUAUCUUCUGGAUCCUAGAUCAUGUAUAAUCUGUGAUCAUCUGAAGUUAAAAUUUGGAGCAAGGAUUCCGAGCUACUCUCCUACCCCAUGAUCUACAAGCUACAAGGUGGAGUGGCGACACCGGCAAGGCCACCUGUUGACCCAAAGAAAUGAUGGCUGGCUAGUUGAAAUAAACUGUCGCCAGGCUCUGCGACGGCCACAGCCUUAGAAUGGCAUGUUGGGCCUAUGUUUUAGCCUCUGUGUACAGGUUUUAGUUUGUUUUACUGUGAGACGCUACUUUCUUAUAUUUCACAUAAUAGUAUGUUUGGAAAUAUUUGCCUACUGGGUCAUGUCUCAGGUGCUUUGUUGACCUGCACAGCGCAAGUUUGGAAACUGUAAGCUAAAAUGAUAAUUGAAUUAUUUGAAAGCGUUAUUGUGGAUUGUGAUC